AUGUUGGCGAGAGGGACAGUCGGUAUCGGCUCGGCUCGGGCGCAGGGGACCCGUAGAGCGGGCGGGAGAGAUUCCCCGAGGCGACGAGGGAGUCCGAUCGUCACCGCGAGCGAUGAGUUUAAUGAUAGCGGUGAGAGCGAUUGGAUGGAGAAGGCGAGGGCCACGGCGAACAAGCGGGCGGCUGAGUUUCGAAAGGAGGGGCGAGGGGCGCAGCCCGGAGCGGCGCAGACGUCUCGAAGGUACACGCGCGCGGGACGAGAGGAAGAUCGUCAGCGCACGGCCGCGGUGCGCGGAUACGAGAUGGACGAGGAUGGAAACUGGCAGAAACCCGAACCGAGCGUGGACGAACUCCUGCGAGGGACGGCCUGGGAGAUGGAUCCGACGAAGGAUGCUACGCAGUUCAGCAUGACCACGGACGAGUGGAAGGCUGUGAAGGCUGAGGCUCGCACGGUCAUGUAUCCGCACGAUGCGGUGAGCGUUUUCGAGAAGGCUGGCUUGAGACGCAUCAACCCGGAAAUGGCGGCCUCAAUGCUCAAGGUUAUUGCUCAAAAAGCGCAGAACAGUCGGGUCGACCGCGAGGAGCUCGCUGGACUGCGACGAGACCCGAGAGUGGCACACAUGAUUGGCGUGUGCGUGUCUGCCGCGCGCGCAAAGAGCGACAUGCUGCCAGCGGAAGAAGUUGCCAAAGCUUGCUGGGCACUUGGUGUUAUCGCGGGGGAACGCGCGAACAGUGCGGAGCUCGAGGUUCUCAGCGACCGCGCGGCGGAUUUGAUCGUUAAGUUCUCUUCGGACGAAAUUGCGGAUAUAUGUUGGUCUCUCGCGAGCUCUCGGCAUGCGUCUGAGCGUUUCUUCCACGAGCUCGACAUCCACGCCGCUUUGACCGGCUUGAAGGGGUUCCAAGCGUAUCAGCUCACUACAGUCGCGUGGGCGUUUGCCCACCUUGGGCACAAGCACACCGGGUUCGUGGAGGGGCUGGAUAUCUGGGUCACUCGCGCACCAGCGAGAGCCAAGACGAUGAGCCCGGCAGAAGCCGCAGAUGCGCAAAUCCACCGCUUCAAUGCAACUAUUCUAGCCUCGCUCGCUUGGUCUUUCUGCGUCAUGGAAGACGCGCUCGAUAGCCUUUUCUUUCGUACGCUGUGGGCAGAGAUUUGUGCGAGAGGCGUUCACGACGCGGCUGUCGUGCAUGAAAAGGAUCCCUCCGGUGAUGAGCACCAUCACGCGAACGUUUUCGGCCCCUGGAAGGGACGUCAGCUCAACCAGCUGCAUCAAGCUUCCCUCACUGCCGUGAGUGCUGGGUUCGAGCCGUUGCCUGCCGAGCUUGGCGCCGCGGCAGAUGAAGCGUGGAACACUCAGACUCGUCCACCCGUCAUCUCAUGGUUCCAGCGCGAUGUCGGUGCUAUUUUGUCGUACAUGGGCGAGAAGUACGAGGAAGAAGCUCUCGUUGGCGGGUACAGAUGUGACUUGCUACUUCCAAACGCCAAGCCCAACGGUGUCGUGAUCGAAGUGGACGGCCCUUCGCACUUCGCGCGCAACGAUCGCAAACGUGCUCUUGGACAAACCCGACUCAAGCAACGCCAGCUGGAGGGUGAAGGCUACGCUGUCUUUCCCAUUCCUAUUUUCGAUUGGGACUUUUUGGAAAAUGCGGAACAAAAAUCAGAUUACUUGCGAGCUGGCUUGGAUGCCAUCGAAAACGGUCAACGCCCCGCAGGUCUUGACCUGGACUCUCAUCUAUUCGGAGAAGGCGCCGGCGCGGAUGCGUGGAACCGCAGACCGAUGUCUACGAUGGGCGACUUUCAAUAG